AUGCUCAUGACUCCGGCCGAACAACAGGACUCAUUGUCCCAAAGGCGGGAAGCCCCUCCCCCCUACCACUCACACCAAGCCCCUCCCCCUACAACUCACACCAAGCCCCUCCCCUACCACUCACACCAGGUCCCUCUCCCUCACACCAAGCCCCUCCCCUCACACAAGUCCCUCCCCUACCACUCACAACCAAGCCCCUUCCCCUACCACUCACACCAGGCCCCUCUCCCUCACACCAAGCCCCUCCCCUACUAUCACACCAAGCCCUCCCCUACCACCCCUCCCCUACCACUCACCACACAGGUCCCCCCCUCACACCAAGCCCCUUCCCCCUACCACUCACACAAGCCCCUCCCCUACCACUCACACCAGUCCCUCCCCCUCACACCAAGUCCCUCCCCCCUCAACACCAAGCCCCUCCCCCCUCACACAAGCCCUCCCCCCACUCACACCAGGCACUCCCCUCACACCAAGCCCCUCCCCUACCACUCCACACCAAGCCCCUCCCCUCCACUUCACACCACAAAGCCCCUCGACCACUCACACCAAGCCCCUCCCCCAACACCUCCACACCAAGCCCCCCCCUCCACUCACACCAAGGCCCCGCCCCUACCACUCACACCAAGCCCCUCCCCUACCACUCACACCAAGCCCCUCCCCUACCACUCACACCAGGUCCCCUCCCUCACACCAAGCCCUCCCCCUCCACACCAACCCCUCCCCCUCACACCAAGCCCUCCCCCUACCACUCUACACCAGCCCCUCUCCCUCACACCAAGCCCCUCCCCCUAA